GGUGCGCAGUGAUGUCACUAGGUGGGCGGUGCUAACAGAUCACGUGACAAAGGUCGCAGCCGAAAUGUGGCUGUACAGAUCUACACUGUUGUUAGGUCUGUUAGGAAGCAGAGGAGUAGUGAGAACCAUGUGCGCUCAGGUGGGAGACUGGCAGACUGCCAAGACCAUCUAUGAAUUCUCUGCCAAGGAUAUUGAUGGCAAUGAGGAGUCUCUUGAGAAAUACAGAGGGUACGUCUGCAUCAUUGUAAAUGUUGCCUCUAAAUGAGGAAAGACCAAGGUAAACUACACUCAGCUAGCUGCAAUGCACGUCAGCUACGCUGAGCAAGGUUUGCGCAUCAUGGGCUUCCCAUGCAACCAGUUUGGAGGACAGGAGCCAGGUACUGAGGCAGAGAUUAAAGAGUUUGCCAAAGGUUACAAUGCCGAGUUUGACCUCUUCAGUAAGAUUGAAGUGAAUGGAGACAACGCUCACCCUCUUUGGAAGUGGAUGAAGGCACAGCCAAAAGGCAAGGGAACCCUGGGGAAUAACAUUAAAUGGAAUUUCACAAAGUUUCUGAUAAACAGAGAAGGACAAGUGGUGAAGAGAUACGGGCCAACAGAUGAUCCCAGCUCAGUGGAGAAGGACCUGCCAUCGUACCUGUAAUACUACUGUCUCCUUUUUGUUGUUUGUUUGUUUGACUGUGGACCUCUCCCAUGGACUUCAGGGUAUUGGUGUGUGUGUGUGUGUCUGGACCAGUGACGGCCUGUCUGUAAACCCAUCAUUGGGAAGGGCAGGCCUGAUGAUCAAAAGCGUGCAACUAACCCCCAGAACACACCCACACCAGACCAAGAGGACCAUAUGAAAGGACAUUCACUAGCUUUACAAAGUAGAGACCCUUCACAUCUUCAUAUUCAGCAAUUCCUUUUUCCAUUACAAACAUCACAUAGUCCUUCAUCAAUGUUAAGUGACAAGUUUGCCUGUGUGUCAAUGUUAGUUUCAUUUCAGGACAACAGAUGCCAUUUAUAGUGUUUUUACACAAAUCUCUGGAAAGCUACUGAUAUUAUUUGCACUUAACUAGCCGAAUUGGCCCAUUAUUGUAUCUGUAACUCGUGACUCAUAAUGUGAUGGUGGAAAAUAAAUACUGUCCAGGGAA